AUGACUAUCAAGGGGAUUUACAUUGCGAGACACGGGUACCGAUCCAAUUGGCUUCCUCCGCCUCAUCCCCCCAACCCUACAGGAAUCGAUAGUGAUCCUCCAUUAGCCCCACAUGGGGUAAACCAAGCUAAACAAUUAGCGGCAUACUUGGUUUCGCUUCCUGAAAAAGACAGGCCGCAAUUUAUCUUGACGUCGCCCUUUUAUAGAUGUGUGGAGACCGCUGAGCCAAUAGCGAAAAUGUUGGAUAUAAAAAUCGGAAUUGAUAGAGGAAUUGGGGAGUGGUUUAAGAAAAAUAGAAAAAUCAUACCCAAGCCAGCAGACUACCUGGAUUUGAAUAAGUUUUUCCACGAUGUUAUGUUAGAUGAACAGGAAUGGCCCAGAGAUCACUUGGGAGUCACACCCAAUUCGGAAGGAGAAACAACUGAAGAGAUUUUGGAAAGAGCUCGUAAGUUUUGGAGUGUUUUUGUAACGCAAUUCGAGAAGAAGUAUCCUGAAAUUAAAAACAUUCUUUUGGUAACUCAUGCAGCAACCAUGAUUGCGUUGGGAAGUGCGUUGUUGCAAUUGAAUACAGUAACAACGGCCAUUGAUGAAAAUCAAACCAUGUUGCGUGCGGGAGCAUGCUCAUUGACAAAAUACAUACGAGAUGAGGAAGCAAGAGGAGGAGAAGGAGAAGAAGGAGGAGCCGCUCGCCAGUGGAAUAUAGUUAUGAAUGGUAACUGUGAGUUUUUAACCAAUGGCGAGGAAAUGAAUUGGGAUUUCACUACCGGAGUAGAAGCAGGAUCGACUGAGGAUAUAGCAAGAAGAAAGAAAGAGGCUGAAGAAAAGGCCAAAUUAAACGAAUACAGAUUGCAUAAUAAUCUUGAAAGAGAAAAUACCCCUGUAGCUGACACAGUCGCAGGAGUAAGCAACGAAGAUGAAUUUGAGGUACGUAAAUAA